CAGGCAGCCGUGCCGCAGCGCAACAGCCUCGCGACGACUACCACUCCAGCUUCUCUGUAGCCAGCGCGCGCGCGAAGCUAGAGCUAGUAGCCAUGGCCACCGUGGACGCCACGACGACGGAGUCCGGCGGCAAGGGUGCCGCGGCGGCGGCGCCCGCUCCCGCGCGCGGCGGCUUCCCCGGCGCCGACCUGGCCCUGCGUGCGCUCCUGUUCGCGGUGACGCUGGCGGGGCUCGUCGUGCUGGCCACCGCCAAGCAGACCGUGCUCAUCCCCGUCCCGCUGCUGCGGACCGUCCUCGCCAUGGACGCCAAGUUCAAGGACUCGCCGGCGCUCAUAUACCUGCUGGUGGCGCUGUGCGUGACGUGCCUGUACAGCCUGCUGACGGCGCUCGGCUCGAUGAGACUCAUCUCGGGCUCCGCUUCCGCAGCCAAGACCGUCUUCCUCCUCCUCCUGCUCGAUGUGUUCUACGCGGCGGUGAUGGCUUCCGCGACGGGCUCGGCGGGCGGCGUGGCGUGGAUCGGGCUCAAGGGCAACUCGCACACCCGGUGGGCCAAGAUCUGCGACACCUACGGCAAGUUCUGCCGCCACAUCGGCGCCUCCGUCUUCCUCGGCCUCGUCGCCUCCAUCGUCCUCGUCCUCCUCGCCGUCCUCAACGCCUACUCCCUCUACCGCCGCAGCCGCUGAUAUCUGCAGGGCCACGGUGGCUGUUCUGACGGCCGGGGACUGCUUGGAAUUGUGUCGUCCUGUGUGUGUUUCCCGUUGCCAUCCAUGAGGUGUACGACGUGAGUGACAUCUAGUGUAGCCUUUGUACGGGAAAAUGUAGAGAAAUGAUAUAUUGCAUCGUGUGUAUACACUUCUGUUGUUUGUCUCGAGUGUGUUUCUUAGGCCAUCAUAUAUAACAUUGUUGUGUACUCUGUACAUGUCACUCCUAUAGUUCAUUUAUUUGAUGUUUUUUUUGUAAGGUUCA